CUAUAUUAGCAGAGUCUCUUCAAUUAUCAAUACCAGUGCAUCAAAACAGAAUAAUUUCAUCAAACCGAGAUCCAACAACGUUCAAUAAUGUUUCCACACUACAACGUAUAGUCCCUUACCAAGCGGUAUUCAAUCAAUUUUCAGCUGCGAUGCCAAAUACUCCUCGACCCAAUAUAACUUUUGGACCCGAAGGCAGUAAUUUGUUUAUAUACCAUUUACCACAAGAAUUUAGUGACAACGAACUCACUCAUAUGUUUAUGCCAUUUGGUCAGGUGCUGAGCUCAAAAGUGUACAUAGAUAGAGAAACAAACCAAAGCAAAUGUUUCGAAAUGUUAGAUAAGCGACUUAACAAAUACUUUAAGCGUAAGCAAUAUGGAUGA